GCAACCAUAGAUACAGGAGACGCGCAAAACGACAAAACUUGCCCCUUUCCUUCAAUUUUUUAAUUUAGUUCGUCGUGGAAAUUGAGUUUGAGCAGUCGUGUACCAUGUCUAUCGAAUAUAAACUUGGUGAUUUAGUGUGGGCAAAAAUGAAGGGUUUCAGCCCAUGGCCCGGCCGGGUAGCCAUCCCAACCCCUGAGCUGUCCAAGCCUCCGAAAAAGUCGGCUGUGCAAUGCAUCUACUUCUUCGGGACCAAUAACUAUGCUUGGAUCGAGGACAACAACAUCAAGCCGUACCAAGAUUUCAAGGAGCAGCUCAUCAAGUCCUGCAAGACUGCUGCCUUCAAGGAUGCCGUCAGCCAGAUCGAGGAGUACAUCGUUAACCCUGAGAAAUUCGGUGACAUCGAUGGGCACCAACGCAACCCCGAAGAAGAGUUCGACAAGCUCAAAGAAGAUGUCGAGAGCGAAGAGCUAGACUCGCAGACAGAAGAACCCGAGCCGGAGGUCAAGAAGAAGACCACCACACCUAAGAUACGUUUGGGUUCCAAGGUGAAGCCAAUCAAGCGAGCCUCCUCCGCCGGCAUCAAGGCUCCCGCUAAAAAGAAGAGCAAGAGCAGUCUGUCUCGCUCCUACACGGACCCAGAUGUAGACGAGAAACCCUCCAUGCUGAACCACUCGUUCUCGAAAAAGUCGAGCUUGUUGCAUCGCCCGUCGAAUAUAUUGAGACCUGAAACCCCACCCCUCGACCUCGAGAACGUUUCCGACACCCUCCUGGAGAAGAACAUCAAAGCCAGCCAGAUGAAGUUCGGGUUCCUGGGGCUCGGCAUCAUGGGCAGCGGCAUCGUCAAGAACCUGCUCAACUCCGGCCACAAGGUCGUCGUGUGGAACAGGACUGCGGCCAAGUGCAAGGACUUCGAGAAGGUUGGCGCGACAGUAGCUGUGACUCCGUGCGACGUGGUCGAGGAGGCCGACAUCACCUUCUCGUGCGUCGCGGACCCACAGGCAGCUAAGGAGAUGGUAUUCGGCAACUGCGGCGUGCUCCACUGCCCGUCGCUGGAAGGCAAGGGCUACGUGGAGAUGACCAGCGUGGACGCGGACACCAGCCACGACAUCGUUGAGGCCGUGGGAGGCAAGGGCGGGCGUUAUCUGGAGGCACAGAUCCAAGGCUCAAAGACGCAAGCGGAAGAAGGCACGCUGAUCGUGCUGGCGGCCGGCGACCGGUCGCUGUUCGACGACUGCCAGUCGUGCUUCAAGGCCAUGAGCAAGAACUCCUUCUACCUCGGCGAUAUCGGCAACGCUUCCAAAAUGAACUCCGUGCUGCAAGUGGUGGGCGGCGUGUCGCUGGCCGCGCUGGCCGAGGGGCUCGCGCUGGCCGACCGCGCCGGCCUCAACCAGGCCGACCUGCUCGACGUGCUGGCGCUCACCCCGCUGGCCAGCCCGCAUCUCAUCCUCAAGGGCAGAGCAAUGAUCGAGUCGUCGUACUCGACGCACCAGCCGCUGUCGCACAUGCAGAAGGACCUGAAGCUGGCGCUGGCGCUGGGCGACGCGCUGGAGCAGUCGCUGCCGCUGUCCGCCACCACCAACGAGAUCUUCAAGCACGCCAAGCGCCUCGGCUACGCCAACCACGACGUGGCCGCCGUCUACAUCCGCGCGCGCUUCUAGCCCGCCCGGCCCUCCCCGUCCACGGCCUGAACGCGACUCUACACGUACGCUAAAGGAAUAUACCACAAUCGUUUGACGCUAGAUUGUCGCUCAUCGACAUUACGCUACACAUUUAUCACAGGGCACUGCCAGGAGCACUAGGUCGUCGUCUAUUUUUAAAAUUCUCGGAAAUUCCCUCUCAAGUCCUAAGUCCCGCAGACGCGAAUCGCAAAAUACAAAAUGUAUGACAAGUCAAGAACUAGCCAUGGCUGAACCUUCGAGGUGUUAUUGCCGAAAUUAUCUUUGAUUUCAAUCUAUUUUGUAUUUUCAAUCUAAAAUAAAAUAUCCAGUAUAGAAGAUAUUGGACCUAAAUAUGACCUAGAUCGACCAAAUAGAAUAUUCAACAUAAAAUCCCUAAUAAAUAUACCUUGAAUUGAACUAGAUGGCGCAGCGUCGAACUUUUACGGUAUUUAAAUUGUUGAGCGUUAACUUAAUAAUCCAGUUGCAAAAAUAUCAUGGGAAAUAAUUACAAUGUAUUGACCAACUAACUAAGUAUCCCAAAGGGGCUAUGUUAAGUGUCAAGUGUAAAAAAUACCUGAUCGAAAUAUACUGAACGCUCAUUAUAGAUGAAUAUAACACGCGCCAACUAGAUGGUGCUGUAUGAAGUCAUUCAUUUUGCGAUAACCUUCUUGAAUGUAAAUCUUUGACAGUUUAACAAAUAUUUCUUUAGUCAAUGACUCGCUUUGUGAAUUGUCGCAGUCAGCCUGUCGGUUAAUCCGGCUUUGGACCAGAAUGCCUUUAUUCGUACUUGCCUUAUUUGGUAAACAAACAUACAGUCAAUAAGCUGCCGAAAAGUUGUACGAAUAAUUCGUCAAAACACCUGCCUAUAAAUACAACAGUGUUUUGAUUGUCAAGAAAGUCUUCAAAGACAUAUUCUACUAAAAACGAGGCUUAAUGUCUCCUGUUUCUAUGUAAUAGAUGUUUGUUUCUGUUUAGGCCAUUGGUUUACUGGCAGCGAAUGCCUUAGAGCAUUAAUUCCGCCAUUUGAACUAUCUUGUAUUGUGCAAUAAAUAUGAAAUAAGUAAGGGUCUUAAACCCUUGGGAAUGGAAACAAAAUUCAUAUUUUUCGGUAGUCUAAGUCCAGAAGUUUGUUUACUGAAUAAAUCAUUAAAGAAUGAGCAGACAUCAGUUGUUAAGUCCAUGUUUCAUAUGAAACGUGGACUUGUAUCUCGUAGGCUAAUAGACUUCAGGGUGGGGAUACGGGCAGUCGCCAUGAAUAUUAAAUAUGUAGCAUAAUUGACAAUUCUUGAUCCUUUUUGCAACGAAAUCAGAUCUAACAUGAUCAAUUAAGUAUGAUACUGUUAGCAAAGAUUCAUUGGAUUUAUUAGAUGUGUAAGCCUGCCAUCUUGUGGCCUGAAUCGGAAACAAACGUGCACAUUCACACUUAACGCCAGAGCAAGUGCUGCCAUCUACCGUUCUCGUACGUUUUUGUGCAUAGAAGGUUCUGCCAUCUUGUGGGCUAUAUUGGGAGCAAAAAUCUGACGACUUCUGUGCUGCCCCCUACAGUUUAUUCACGGUCACUAUAAUUGGUUGUCAAUAAUUGACGUUAGAAAUUUUAGUUACUAUGAAACAGAUGGCGCCGUAUAUCAAAAUAUUUUUAAUUUGCAAACUAGGGGCAAAGAUACAUUGAUUGAGUAACAUGUGUAAAAUCUAAGACGAUUUCGUGCUUCGAUUUGACAGGUAAACGAGAUGGCGCUGUACAGCUCCAUACAUUUUGCGGUGACUCUGAUUGUCAAAAGUUGACGUUUGACAAUUCAGUGACCGCAAAAUAUAUGGCGCAGUACAGCGCCAUCUGGUUUUGAUAUCAAAAUAAGGAGCACGUUUUUUUCUUAGAUUUUUACCUCUCUAUUACCAUCUUUGCAAGGUGGCAUGAUUUUUAAGACUUACACAUCUUAUACAAUAAAGCUUUGCUAUAAGUAUGUUGACUUGAGUGCGAUAUAUAGGUGGCCAAAAAAUGUGUGCAUUCCCAUUGCCAGGGCGGCUUUGGGAUUAUACUGAGCAACUUUUACUAUGGGAUCAACCACGAAAUCGCGAAAAAAAAAAUACCCUCCCGUAAAAAAUGGACCAGCUUAAAUGUAUGAAACAGCCAGAAUUUUUUUCGUGAUUUCGGCGUUGGUCAUAUAGUAAAAGUUGCUCAGUAUAAGCCCAAAACCUCCCUGGCAACGGGAAUGCACAUAUUUUUUGGCCACCUUUUAUAUACAUAUACAAUCAUUGUAAAUGUGUUGGCUAAUGGCUAUGUCUUAACUAAUUAAUAGAAUCAGGCGUUACUUUGCGGAAAUCCAUGCUAAUUAAAACAAGUAAUAUUACUUUGCUAAUCCGCGAGAAAAUAACGUGUUAGUCAAUCAGUGCUAACCCGUUAUACUUACUUGCGUAUUUUUACAUGCAAUUAAUGUUCCCACCCUCCCACCGCAAAAAUAAAUA